AUGGAACUCAGAGAUGUUAGUCAUUUAGAGAAGAAGAGUGCUUUGGCUGAAGAUUUUGCAGAGGUAAUGAAGGAUGUGCAUGAUCAAGUUAAGAACCGGCUGCACCAUACCACAAAAAAGUAUAAGGCAGCAGCAGAUAAGAAAAGAAGAGAUUUAAAAUUCAAAGUGGGUGAUCUAGUGAUGCUACAUUUGAAAAAGGAGAGGUUACCUAAGGAGAAAUAUACUAAGUUGAUGAUGAAGAAGCUUGGUCCUUGCAAGAUCCUCAUGAAGUGUGGCAACAAUGCCUACAAAGUGGACUUACCUUCUUCUAUUGGUUUGUCACCUAUUUUUAAUGUUGCUGACUUGUAUCCUUAUAAAGGAUCUGUAGAUGAUUUUUUUGUUGCAGGUGAAUUAGAUUUCCAGCAAGAUGAGUAUUCAAGAAGAUAUCCCAGCCAUCCAUGUUAG